AUGUUGCGAUACAGUUUACUGUCUGUGCGUCGUCCAUGUUUUAUCAAUGGACUCGUUCGACGAACUCUAUUUGGUCGAAGAAGUACGACUCAGAAGAUCAAAGAUGAUUUUGACGAAGCGAUCAUCGAACAGCCUGAAUCAGUUCCACAAGCUGCUAUUCCCACAGUAUCAGAAUUAGCAUCUUACAAGACGAAGCAAUACAUCACGCGGCUAGUUACUUGUCGACCGUACACACCACCGUCCAAUCUCGAACAAAUCAUCUAUCGUAUUGCUAAUGAAACCAUCGAUAAUUUCAAACAGGAAACUCGAGGCGAUGAUCAUUGGAAAUCGGUCUAUCUAACAAAUCCAUUGAAUAAAUACAAUCUUCUAACUCGAUGUAUGAAGGAAUGUUCACAUACAAUGUCGAAUAUGUCUUUGAACGACAUCAAAACUCUGGAAGAUGUUUAUCAAUACUUUGCAACACCAGUGAGCGAUGCCAAUGCCUUAGAAAAUCUACAACAAUCGCCUGAUCUGCCGGCAAAUGUUCAUAUUCAAUUAGAUGCUGUUCGUUUUACAUCGGAAACCAGUGGAUUUUUCAAUGGACUCGAUGCAUUUCCACAACGUUCAACAAAAGUCGUGGAUCUAUGGUAUAAGAAGAAGUAUCCAUCCUAUCCGAAGAAUGAAGAAGAUCCAUUCAAAGACAAUAUUUACUAA